ACUCACUUGGGCGUGUCUCCGCAAGCUUCCCGGGACCAUACCCACUUUUUCAGAUUUUUGCAGAUCUAAGCUAAACACACAAAAGAAAAUCUGAAACAUUUUUCGAAAAAAAGAAAAUGAUAAAUCAGGUUAGACUUUGAAAGAGCUCAUCAGAGAAAAUUUCCCUGAAUAAAAUAAAUAAAUGGAGUCCGAGCUUAAAGACAUGAGUUCAGCCGCACAGCCGCCGGAACCCAAAACGGCCGAGUCGAUCCACGACGAUGGUUCCUUCGCCAAGGACGACCGUCCUCUUCUUAAGCCGGAACCCUCCUCCGCCGCAGUCUCCGGUGACAGCCUCGAAGAGAUGGAGAAGAAAUUUGCGGCCUACGUACGCACUGAUGUGUACGGACCCAUGGGACGCGGCCAGCUGCCGUUGCAAGAGAAGGUUCUGCUCGGGUUAGCUAUGGUGACUCUGGUUCCGAUUCGAUUGGUGGCUGGGAUGACCGUGUUGGUGGUAUAUUACUUGAUUUGUAGGAUUUGUACUCUGUUUUGGGCUCCGAAUCGGGAUGAGGACCGUGAAGAGGAAGAGGAUUACGCUCACAUGGGUGGGUGGAGGAGGGCCGUCAUCGUUAGCUGUGGACGAAUCCUCUCUAGGGCUAUGCUUUUCGUGUUUGGGUUUUAUUGGAUCAAUGAGACUUAUCGGAUUAUCAGUACUGAUCCCAAGUCAAACACUGAGAAUGAGAACGAAGAUCAGCCUGAAGAGCUUGAAAGGCCUGGGGCUAUUAUAUCUAACCAUGUCUCGUAUGUGGAUAUCUUGUAUCACAUGUCUUCUUCAUUUCCAAGCUUUGUUGCCAAGAGAUCAGUGGCUAGGCUUCCUCUGGUUGGGCUUAUCAGCAAAUGCCUCGGUUGUGUCUUUGUCCAGCGGGAGUCAAGGUCCUCUGAUUUCAAGGGUGUUGCAGCUGUUGUUACUGAAAGAGUCUGCCAAUCUCAUCAGGAUGAGUCUGCGCCCCUUAUGAUGCUUUUUCCAGAAGGCACAACAACAAAUGGAGACUUCCUUCUCCCAUUCAAGACAGGUGCUUUUCUGGCAAAAGCUCCAGUUCUUCCAGUGAUCUUGAGAUAUCCUUACCAAAGAUUUAGUCCUGCAUGGGACUCGAUAUCUGGGGUCCGCCAUGUGAUUUUGCUUCUCUGUCAAUUCGUUAAUUACCUGGAGGUGACUCGAUUACCCAUCUACUACCCAAAUGAGCAGGAAAAGAAUGAUCCAAAACUUUUUGCUGAUAACGUCAGAAGGUUUAUGGCCAAAGAGGGUAAUUUGGUAAUGUCAGAUAUUGGACUGGCUGAAAAGAGAAUAUAUCAUGCUGCUCUCAAUGGUAAUAAUAGCCUGCCUACUGUUUUGCAUCAGAAAGACGAUUGAUAAUUAGAUGGCCUCGCUCCCAAAUGAUAUGUAGUCGCGGUUGAGUUUCUUAGUUUUAGUGGUCAAUUGUUCAUGAUGCACAAUCACAACAUGAGGAGAUUAUAUUACCACCACCCCUUAAAUUUAACUGGGCAUAGUCGGGUGUGUGUGCCAUUAUUGACGUGUAACUUAUUUAUGGAAAUGCACGACCAAUGAACAAUUUUUUAAAAUUAUAAUUGAAGCUCACGUUCAAUA